GGCAUCCGAUUAGUAGAUCGUUCAUCCGGCCGUUGGAGCACAGGAGGAAGAGCAGCAGCAGACUAGAGCUCUGUGCUGUCACUGUGGCACUUUUUGUAGUGCACCCUCGUUUUAAACCUGCGUCACAUGCACUGACUGUAGUGCUGCAGCUCACCUAUCGGAUUCCUCCCUCCUGCCCUGCCCUGAUUUGGAUACAGGAUACAGCCAUUGUGUGAGGUGUUGUGGAUGCAGGGGGAACGCACCGUAGCUCUCGUCUAGUCUGACAUGUUGGUUACAUGGUGGUAUUUAUACCUCGCAGCUCGGAGCAUCGUCAAAAAAAGCAACAUUGAACAUGGCCUCUAUCCUUCAGAAGCUCAUCACUCCUCUGUUCAGUGGGACCCCUGAGCCCCCCAGGAACAAGGUGACAGUGGUGGGGGUCGGCCAGGUGGGCAUGGCCUGUGCUGUCAGUAUCCUGCUCAGGGAGCUGGCUGAUGAGCUGGCCUUGGUGGACGUGAUGGAGGAUAAGUUGAAGGGAGAGAUGAUGGAUCUGCAGCAUGGCAGCCUCUUCCUCAAAACACCCAAGAUAGUCGCCAGCAAAGACUACUCUGUGACGGCGAAUUCUCGUAUCGUCGUGGUAACAGCGGGCGUUCGUCAGCAGGAGGGAGAGAGCAGGUUGAACCUGGUUCAGAGGAACGUCAACAUCUUCAAACACAUCAUCCCUCAGAUCAUUAAAUACUCCCCCAAGUGCAUCAUCAUCGUGGUCUCCAACCCAGUUGAUGUGCUGACCUACGUGACCUGGAAGUUGAGCGGCCUGCCCAAGCACCGUGUCAUCGGCAGUGGCACCAACCUGGACUCUGCCCGUUUCCGUUACCUGAUGGCUGACAAACUGGGCAUCCAUGCUACCAGCUUCAACGGAUGGAUCCUGGGAGAACAUGGAGACACCAGUGUCCCUGUGUGGAGCGGCGCUAACGUAGCAGGUGUCAACCUGCAGACACUGAACCCUGACAUCGGUACUGAUGCUGACCAGGAGAACUGGAAGGAGACGCACAAACAGGUGGUUGACAGUGCCUAUGAAGUGAUCAAGCUGAAGGGCUACACUAACUGGGCCAUCGGCCUUAGUGUAGCUGACCUCACUGAGAGCCUCAUCAGGAACAUGAACAGGAUCCACCCUGUCUCCACAAUGGUGAAGGGCAUGUACGGGAUCGAUGACGAGGUUUACCUGAGCCUGCCGUGCGUGCUGAACGCUGGGGGCGUGGCCAGCGUGGUCAACAUGACCCUGACGGACGACGAGAUCGGCCAAUUAAAACAGAGCGCUGACACACUGUGGGACAUCCAGAAGGACCUGACUGAUGUGUAGCAACUAACAGAACACCAAGGGGCGCCACACUCCACUCAACCAACCGGGGUGUGUCCCAAUAAUAUCUCCUUUCUCCUCUAGUGUGCAUUAGUUCGCUACUUCCCACAAAUCUAAAAUCAAGUGCACACUUUGGGAGCAAGAAGAGAUAAUUGGGACGUAGCCCCAACUCUCCUUAUCACCUAUUACACAACAUAUGCCACUUAGCAGACAGACGCUUUUAUCCAAAGUGACUUACAGUACAGUGAUUGCAUAUAGUUCUAAUAUGUGUAUUUGAUCCAUGCGGGAAUUGAACCCACAACUUUUGCAUUGCUAGCCUCGCUCUGAAAGAGCAACUGCCCCUUAGAAAAACGUAUAAUUUAGAAAACAGCCUAUGUGGCAUCGAUAUGAGUCAGAAUUGACGACAAAGAGUAAAUAGGAUAAUUUUGGUCAUAA